CCCUGCAGAUCACGGCCUGUCAUGUCCACCAACGGGACGUCAGAGAGUGGCUGCGAGUCCGAGGUCAGGACCGCCAACUCCACCUGCGGCCCCGAUGACCUGUCGGUCACGGCCUCCAUCGUCUCCAUGACGGGCGGCAUCCUCUCCAACAGCCUGGCUCUCUUCGUCCUGGUCAAGUCCUACCACCGCAUCCGCCUGAAAUCCAAGGCCUCCUUCCUGCUGUUUGCCAGCGGGCUGGUGGUCACCGACCUCCUGGGCCACCUGGUCAACGGCUCGCUGGUGCUCUUCAUCCACAGCUCCCACAAGCAGUGGGAGGCCUUUGACCCCGACCGCGUGCUGUGCGGCUUCUUCGGGGCGUCCCUGGUGUUCUUUGGCCUCAGCCCCCUGCUCCUGGGCUGCACCAUGGCGGUGGAGCGCUGCCUGGGGGUCACGCGGCCCCUCUUCCACUCCACGGCCGUCGCCCCGCGUCACGUGAAGCGUCUGCUGGGGUCGGCGUGGUCGCUGGCCGCCCUGGUGGCCGGCCUGCCCCUGGCGCUGGCGAGGCCCUACCAGGUGCAGCGAUCCCGCAGCUGGUGCUUCUUCCGCGAGGGGGAGCCCCGGGACUGGCUGGACGUCUUGCCGCCGCUGGUCUUCUCCAUGCUGGGGCUGGUGGCGUUGCUGCUGUCGCUGGUGUGCAACACCCUGACCAGCUGCGCCUUGCUGCGGUCCAAGAGGCGGAGGAGGCACCGCUGCAGAGGCACCUCCUACCACUUGGAGAUGAUCGUCCAGCUUCUGGCCAUCAUGCUGGUGUCCUGUGUGUGCUGGGGCCCUUUGCUGAUCUACGUCAUCGUGUUAACCACCCAGACCCAGCCUGAACCGGCGUCCUUCAGCCUGCUGAUGAUGGUGCGCAUAGCCACCUGGAACCAGAUCCUGGACCCCUGGGUGUACAUCCUCCUGCGCAAGGCCGUGCUCCGGAAGCUCUACCUGGUGCUGCAUGGCUUCUGGAGCCCCGGGUCCCGCGGCAUCCGCCACCGCAGGAGCACCCUAUUGUGGAGCUCGGCAGAGACGCGGUCCUCCAGCACAAUGCGGAACGAGUGCAUCUGCAUGGGGAGCAUGCAGCGGCCCAAUGAUACGAUAAAGGCCAUCACGCCAAACCGCCAGGCGCCAGUACACCUGGCGACGCCAAGAAGUGGGAUGGCGUUAAAUUAAACCUUUUUGUUAUGAACAACAACUCAUUUGAAUUCCCUCCGUGUAGUUGUUAUUGAUAUAUUAUUGGAAUGUUGUGUUGGGUUUUAAUGACCAAAACAGUACCCAGAAGUCAACUAACAUGCUGAAUCAAAUAUUCAAAACUAUUUAUUUCUACUCUGUCUACAAGUCUUUUGAGAGAUUGAGAGAUUCCACUGUGUGAUACUUGUGUCAGGUUCGUAUUGUUAGAUGCUGCUGCUCUUUCUGGUAGACAGAAAGUCCUUGUCUUCUUUUGUAUUAUUAAAACAUGUUGUACG